AUGACCAUUGCGCAUUUGAUCGAGUGUCAGCUUAGUAAAGUAUCCUCGCUUCGAGGGUACGAAGGUGAUGCGACGCCGUUCACGGACGUGACUGUUGAUUCAGUCUCCGGCCUGCUCCGGGAACAUGGAUACCAAUCACGUGGAUUCGAGGUGAUGUACAACGGUCACACGGGAAGGAAACUGGUGGCCCAGAUUUUCUUGGGGCCAACAUAUUAUCAACGUUUAAGGCACAUGGUGGAUGACAAAAUCCAUGCUCGUGCGCGGGGUCCCACCCAGAUUCUGACAAGGCAGCCUGUGGAAGGUCGUGCUCGAGACGGUGGACUUCGAUUCGGAGAGAUGGAACGCGAUUGCAUGAUAGCUCAUGGUGCUAGUGCAUUUUUGAAGGAGAGAUUGUUCGAUGUGUCUGACCCGUUCCGCGUACACAUUUGCGAUAUCUGUGGAUUAAUGACACCAAUUGCGUAA